CUCUCCAGAACUUCUUCGACUCUCCCAGCAAAGAGCAGCAGAAGCUGUAAUGGAUAAGGCGAGGGAGUUUCUGACGCUGAAGACGGAAGAAUCCGAGAGGGUGUCACGACUCAGCGUCCCAACUCACCGAGUCGGACUCGAUCCAAGCUACUAUGAAGGAUUCUUCCUCAGAGGCAUCCGAAUCGACCGAGUCGGGCCAGGCUUCAUAGCUUGCACCUUCAAAGUUCCUCCUCGCCUUACUGAUGCAACUGGAAAGUUGUCUUCAGGUGCUAUUGCAAACCUUAUCGAUGAUGUUGGAGGAGCUGUAAUCCAGGCUGAUGGUCUCCCUGCAAAGGUUUCACUUGAAAUGUCGAUUUCAUACUUCUCGAGGGCUGAUGCCAAUGAUGAAUUGGAGAUCAUCUCAAGGGUUUUGGGACAUAGAGGGAGCUAUUCCGGAACAAGCGUCAUAUUGAAGAACAAAAUAACGGGGGAGCUUAUUGCUGAAGGUCGGCAUUCGUUGUUUGGUAAGCUUGAGAGUAAAAUCUGACUGCAUUUCCAUUCUCAUGUACAAGUGACAAUUUACACAAGGAAUGGAUAUCGUGAAAAGGAAUGUAUGGCCUUUAACUAAGUUCGUUAUAAUGCCGUUUGGUAUGAAAACUAGUUCAAACCA